GGCCUCACAGCCUGCUGGUAGAUGCCUGAGAGGGAUCUGAGCUCUCCUAUGUUGAGAAAGCAGCUGAGAAGAUAGAGCACAGCCUAUGGAUCUCUUAAGUUACCUUUAAGCGAGAGGAAUGACUCAGGUGCCUGCUGACUAUCUGUCCACCACCAGCUCCUACAACUAUGAUCAGCCCCUUCCCUCCGUGGGUAGGACAAGCACUGUCACCCAGGUACCCCCAGCCAAAAAAAUAACCUUCUUCAAGAGUGGGGAUCCUCAGUUUGGGGGAGUGAAGAUGGCCAUCAACCAGCGAAGUUUCAAGAGCUUCAAUGCGCUCAUGGAUGACCUUUCUCAUAGGGUCCCACUGCCGUUUGGAGUACGGACCAUCACCACCCCACGAGGAAUACACUGCAUUAGUGAGCUUGACCAGCUGGAGGAUGGAGGAUGCUACCUUUGUUCCGACAAGAAAUACGUCAAGCCUAUUAACAUUACUACUGCCGGACACAGACCAGGUCCUCCACGAAAUGGUCGUCCCUCCAGUACCCUGAGAAGAGCAGCCCAGGAAGGCAGACUGGAUGACUAUUCCACACCUUUCACUCAGCAUGGCCCCAGAAUACCCAAGAAAAUCACUCUUGUUAAGAAUGGAGAAACUAGUUUUCGGCGCUCAAUUAUCUUGAACCGCAGAAACGCUAGGAGUUUCAAAACACUCCUUGAUGAGAUUUCAGAGAUCCUGCAAUUUCCAGUGAAAAAGCUCUUUACUGUUGAUGGGAAGAAGAUUGACAGCAUGCAGGCUUUGCUGCACUGUCCCAACGUGCUGGUGUGUGUCGGCCGUGAGCCAUUUAAACCUGUAUCGAUGGAGAAUUUGAGGAAACACUCAGUGGAGAAGCUGCCUGACCUGGCUCCCCGUUCCAACGGCAACAAUGUCAAUGAAAACAAUGAAAUGAACUUUGGAUUGAAAGCCAAAAAAAGCGUUAUCCAUCCACGGUCAGCAUCAAGCAACAGAUCAAUGAGAUUUUCCUUAUCAUCAGAGAAGUCAUAUCCAAAUGGUCUUGCUGCCUCACCAGAUAACGGCGCACCUUUCUGUCCACAUUCAAAACCUGGAGACCUGGUCCAUUCCUUGGUCAAUGAUGACAUAGAAAAGCGAGUGCAUGUGAACAAGGAUGGCAGCCUGUCUGUUGAGAUGAAAGUCCGCUUCCGCUUGCUAAAUGACGAGACUUUGCAAUGGUCCACCCAAAUCAAAAAGUCAAAUUUGAUGAACCGGAUGCCUUGUGAAGAAUCAGGUCUAGAGGAGGACAGUGGAGUAGACCCCAUACAGAAAAUGAACCCAGAAGCCAGCUCAGAGGCAGAUGACUCAUUAUACCCAUGUGAUGUUGAUUCUUACAUGUCUAAACUUGAGGAAUCUGAGUGUGAUGAGGCUCACUGUCAUAGCUGUGGCAAGAAACACCAGGACUAUGAUAUUUGGAAAAACCCCAUGCACGCUUCCCAGAGAGAAGAGCCCAGUGUACGAAGCACAUGGCACACACGGUCAUCGUGCUCCAGUACAUCUUCCAGGAGGAGAGUAAUCCACAAAAAAAAAGCUUCUGUGGAUAGUCUCCGCACCACAUCCAGUGAGGAAUUCUCUGAGCACAUUGUGCAUGAGUCCUCAUCCUACUCAGAGACUAUAGAGAACAGGGUGGCAUAUCGAUCUAUUAAAAAGUGUACUUGUAGAAGUGAUUUGUCUACAGGUGCUUCCAAUGGAGAAGAUCAGCAAGAGUACACCCGGACAAGCACGAGCAAUAGUCAGAGGCCUUCUUCCUUGGGAUUAAUGUCACAUUCAAGUUGUGAAAAUAACCUGGAUACUCAAGAAGCCCCUGAAGACUAUGAGGCCAGUAAAACCAAUUCACAAAAGGAAGAUGAAAAUUGUUUUGAAAUUUCCUCUGUGAAGUGCUUAAAGGAUGACGCAGAGGAGGCUGAAAGCAGCAGAGUUGGGAGCAUCAUAUCAAGGUCAUCAGUGCAAUCCAGACAGAGCAAAAAUAUAUGUGAGGAAACAAGUAGUGUGGGUAGGACCAUGUCCUCCUCCAGCCUUCAGAAAGCAAAUGAAGGAGAUAACACUAUGUGUUCCACUCCUGCCAACAGUGUGCACAGCAGGUCUAGUAACUGUAGCACACCUAGAGCAAAGAGUGAACACGAUGACAACUCAGAAAACAAUGCAGUGGUCUCCUCCUUCUCCAGCGAGUCAUGCCCUAAGAAAGAGGCUGAAGAGAUUGAAGAAGAAGAAAAUGAAGUCAAUGAAAUCAGCUCAGUUUCAACAAAUACAAAGCCCAACCAAUCAGGUAAAGAUGAGAGUAGUGAAGGUGAGCAGUGCUCUGCACCAGGAACACCCCAGUCCAUAGCUAGUGUCAGGAAUAGCAGGAGAAGUGAUAGCAAUGAGAUUGUUCCAUGCAAUGCCUCUUGCUCUUCCAAAGGAUCCAAAAAAAGCAAAUACAGCCAUCUCUAUUUGGAUGCACAGUCUGAAAUGUCUGUGUCUUCACUUGAAUCCACUCAGAAUAAAAAGAAGAAUUCCCUGCACGCAGAAGAGCUAAGAUCAUGCAGCAGGGUAUCUAAUUACUCCAAAAGCUCAUGUGAAAUCAAGAAAAGAUCUAUUGGAGACCCUAUGUCUCAUAACUCAGGAUCUUUUCAGUCCAACAUUUCAUCUACAAGUGAAGCAGAGGCAAUUGCUAUUACUACUGAGGAGAAAAGCUCAAAAAGUACCACCAAUGGAUACAGUGCAUCCUCAAAAGGCUCAAAGAGGGGAAGCCAUAGAGAAGAAAACAGCAAGGCAUCAUCUCUCUGCUCAAGUGUUUCAGGCCCUAGUAGAAAAGCUGGAGAGGGUCAUUCCAAGAUGAAUUCAGAGGCCCAUUCUUCAAGACAUGGAAGUAUAAGUGAGAGCGUGUGUUCAAAAGGUGACCACUUAACUGAGACUGGGAUUAGGAAUGGAAAUCCCGAAAGUGUCAGUUCAAGAGUCUCUUCAAAGUCAGAAGUGGAAGAUAAACGCUUGCUGACACAAGUAUCCCAGGAAAGUGAUGGUAGGUGUUCACAAUCAAACAUGUCUCAGUCUUCAAAAUCAAGGCAGAAUAAAAGUAGAAAUCUUAAUGUGGCGAUGUCAAACUCCAGUCGAGCAUCACCAUCAGAGACUAUGUCAAUAUGCAGCAAGCAUUUCCCUGCCCCACCAAAAGGGAAGCCAAACAGUAAAAAACCACGGUCAGCCAUUUUGAAGAAUUCCUCCAUUAGCAGCAUAGGUACUGAGUCAGUGUUCACUACAGGCAGACAGCAAAAAGAUGUUGUAGAUUCCUCCAAACCAACUUCCUUUGGAUCUAAAUCAGUUGCAACUGAGGCAAAUGACCAGAAGAAUACAAAGCUUAAUGGUUCUUGCAGUGGAAAAGUGGAAGAAGUGUUAGAAGACACAGGAGUGCAGGAGGAAUGGAGUGGUUUAAUGCCAUCUAGUUUACCAAAUACAUCUCCAGAAGAAGUUGUGCAAGAAUGGCUAAGUAAAAUCCCUUCAGAAACAUUGCUUAUGAAAUAUGAAAUGGAGGAUAAUGCAGAAGAGGAAUGUAUAGAAGCAAUCACUGAGAUAUCAUGCUGUACAAAUGCUGAGGAAAUCCCAGAGGAUGAAAAAGGUGAGGAAAAGAAUGCUGCAGAAGCUGAAAAUGAAGCAGUGGAUGAAGUGGAGAAAGAGACGGUAGAAGUCAUUGCUGUAAAUGAAGAGGCUGAAGAGUAUGCAAAUCAGGAACAAAUCCCUGAAGUCAUGUCUGAAGCUGUCAAGGCUGACCAGGCAGAAUGCAGUCAGUCAGUUACUUCUAGCCAAAAUAACAACAAAAAAGACCUGCCAACCUCUGUCCAGACUUCUGUCCAGAUUAUGAAGGCCUUGCUCAGUUCAAAACAUGAAGCAAAAUUUGACCGAUCGAACAGCUUGCCUGAAGUGUCUCCCACAAUGGGGAGAAAACUGAGUAAUUCUGCCACUGUCCUGAUUACUUGUCUUGCCAGUCUGCAGCUCCUUGAUGAAGAGUCAGAAGAUCCAUCAGAUAAAUCAAAAUGUUUGAAUAAGCCAAGAUAUAUGGAACUGCUAAAUAUUUUCCAAGCCCUGUGGUUUGGACAAACAGCUGAAAAAAGCGGUCCAAGCUCAGGUCAAGAGGCAAGUGGACAAGAAAAGUCAGCUUCUGGAUUUAAAGUCCCAAAAUCUGUAAAUGGUGACUUCACUCCAAUGUCCUCCUCUGGGGUGGAUGUCAGCAGUGGUUCUGGUGGUUCAGGAGAAGAGAUUACAGCUGGUGCCAAGGACUGCAAUUUACUAGCACAAAAGACUGUUGAAUUCAAAUCUGAUGGUCAAGCGGAAGAUGGAGAGACUGCCACUGAACUGACUGAAACUGAGGAGCAGAGUAAACAGGAAGAGCACUCAUCCCGGCCUUCAACAGCCUGCUCAAAAUCAAAAGGUGAGGAAAAAGAAAAUUCUACUAGAGAGGAAUCUCUACUUCAAGAUCAAUGCAGUAACUGUGAGAAUGAUCAGGAGAAAGGGGAAGAGAAUGAGAACACAGAAAAUAGCAGAUUAGUUGAAAAUGGAGAGAAAGAGGAAGCUGAAGCUGUAAAUGAAGCACUGCUGAAAGAAAAUCUUGAAGAGGCAGCUGAUCAGUUAUCCACUACUAUUGAGACAAAUGUCAGUGAUGCUGACUGUGGGACAGAACUGAAAGCUGAUAUUCAAGAGCAGCUUGAAAAGGGGUCUACAAAGGAUCCAGAGCCCAAAGUUGAUACGGCCACCAGCAUGGGCACAUCUCUUGUCCAGCAAAACUCAGUGGAUCCAGAUCCCGUCUGGGUCCUGAGGCUACUAAAGAAAAUUGAGAAGGAGUUCAUGGCUCACUAUGUCAAUGCUAUGAAUGAGUUAAAAGUCAGGUGGAACCUGCAGAACAACCAGCAGAUGGAUGAAAUGAUCUUGGAGUUGAAGGAGGAAGUAAGCAAGAGGAUACAAAGAAGCAUAGAGAAGGAGCUGAAGAAGAUCAAAAGCAGAGCAGGAACCAAGAUGCCAAGACCUCCAGAUGGACCACUAAAGCGUGAGUCAACACUCCAAACUGAGCAGAGGAGACGGCGGCUGCAGACUAUGCAUAAAAAGUCAUUCUUCAGUGACAAGACUGGAACCCACAGUAGGCUUGCAGACACAUCAGAUUUAUCAUUAGAUGUAGAUGAAGAUACAGCAUUUAGUGCAGCUUUUGAGGCAAGUAUUAGUGAGCAACCAAGUGAGGAAGAAUACUGCCCUUGUGACGCUUGUGUGAGGAAAAAAAUGGCUUCCAAGCCCGCAAGAAACCCAGUGGUGGCCACCAAUGCCCCAGUUGUGAAAGCAUUUGAUUUACAACAGAUCCUGAGGAGAAAGAAAGAUGAAAAUGAGGAAGCCUGUGUCUCAGAAGCAGCCCAGGACAACAAAGCAACUCCCAGUAGUAAUGUGGAAGAAGCAGCAGAAAACACCAAUCCAGAUGAAGAGAAUGAUGAGAGUGACCUCCAGUUGGGCCAAAAGGAAAUGAAAGGAAAUGAAGAAAAGAAGUCAGUAUUAGAUGAAAUGGAUGGCUCAGUGCUGAAUGAAGAUGCAGAAGAACCAGUAUUAGAGAGUCAAAACUGUGAGAUUGAGGAGGAGGUUACGGAUGAAGAAACCAAGGAAGAAGAAAAGGAAGAAACGAAAGAAGUGGAGGAAGAAGAGGAAGAAAAAGCGGAAGACAUAACAUUGAAGAAAGAGGAGGAAGUAGCAAAUGGGGAAGAAGAAGAAAAAGAAGUGCAAAAUGAAGAGCAGGAAGUUGAAGUAGAGUCCAAAGCUGAAGAUGGAGCUGAUAAUGAAGCUGAAGAAACACAAGAGCCAGAGGGUGAAGAUAUUGAGGCUGAUGAGGAGGAGGAGACAUGCAAAGAUGUUGAUGGCUCUGAGGCAGAUGAGAAUCCUGAAGGAGAUGCUGUAGAAGGAAGUGAGGAAGCUAAGCAGGAUGAGGAUGAGGCAGCAGAAGAUGGAAAUGUGGAGUUAGAAGAUGAGUCCCAGAAAGGGUCUGAUGAUGAAAGUGAAGAGGAAUGCCAAGAUAAUAACUCCAUAAGCGAGCACCCCAGUGGAGAGGCUCAAAGUGAUGAGAGCAGCAAACCUUCAAAGAUGUAUCCUGACAGUGAGGAAGAAGAAGACGACAAAGCAUCUUCACACACUGAUCCUUUGGGAGAUGAGGAACAGCCAGAUGCUGAAGGUGCAGAUCCGAAGGGAGACAAACAUACUGAUAAGGUUCAGGCUUCUAAAAAUAAAGAAGGUUCUGAUGAAAUUGACCAGGAUGACCUGGACUUCUAG